AACUAACCUCUCCACCCCCCGCCCCCCCGAUAUUAUCGCAUCGCAUCGCAUCGCAUCGCAUCGCAAAUCCAUAUUCAUAUACAUAUCAACACAUCUGUAUCGCUACCCCAAUUACAACCACCACCUUGGAAAUCGCUGCGCCAUUGGUCGCAUUGCGCGCGCAAUCCUGCCUGUAACACGCGCGUCCGACGCGAUCCCCGCUCCACCGCUCCGCCGCCGCCAUCGCCAUCGCCUAUCGCUCUCUCGCGUCUUAAACUGUCCUGCAUACCAACGACGAACCCAUCGUCGGACCUCUUGAACGUGCAGUAAACACCACUGGUAUUCAGUGUCUCCAUAGACCCCUGGACUGAAAGACGGACCGCUAUCGUUCUGCUCGUUUGCGCGCCUCGCCCACCGCUCUGACGUGUCGUUCGCGCCUUGGACAAUCUACCCAACUAGGCAGAAUGGACUCUCAGACCUCAUUCUCCCAGCUCUCCCAGCUGUCUCAGGACUCGCUCAUGCCUUCCACGGAGGUCUCGCGGCCGAAUACCCCAAAAAUGUAUUCAGUCUCGAGAUCUGCAUCCCCCGCGCCUUUAAAUGUGCCCAAGGCUUCCUCUGAAGACCGGACCAAAUUCACUUCUCCCGCACCACCUACAACCUCAUCAAUGACGCCUCCACCGUCUUCCCAGCUUCCCAAUAUCCGGACUGCUGUUCUUAGGACCCCUAGUCCCCCGGACCCGCAGCUCACCUCUCCUCCUCCAACCGCCAAACUUCCCGACCAGCCAUCUGUGUUGACGGAGUCUGCCUCCGCCCUCUACUCACCCGAGCAGAUUACCAAUGCAUCGCCUGACGAAUUGCGAUGCAUGGUGGAUGAAUUGACUUCUGCUUUGCGCGAUGUACGACUAUCUGCGGCGCAUUACAAAUUACAGUACAACAUGGCCGUCAUGGAGAGCCAAGAAGCUGCCAGUCGUAUGGCCGUUGAACUAGCCAUGGCGCAGCGAGAGAUUGACGUUCUAAAACAAGCCGAAGUCAAACGACGCAAUUCAAUACCAACACCUACUCAGACCGUUCAGGAAUCCCCUGUCGACUCGGCGAACGCAAUCAUGAUGUCUGAAUUGAACCGCCAAUGUCAAAUCUUGCAGCAAGACAACGAGGAGCUACGAGAUGCUCUUGAGCAGCAGAAACGUCUCACUGAGCACAGAGAGGGCGAGUUAGCAAGCCUCAUGGAGGAGAAUGACCGCCUGAAAACCCGCAUCCGCAAGAACAGAGACCAUAUGGCACAAUUUUUGCCAUUUCAGGAUCAGAUCAACGAGCAAGGGUCGCCGCGUUCCAUGUUCGGAACACCUUUGCAGGCCACUCCUCGCCAACGCGCCCAAAGAGUGCCACAGCCUCUUUCCGUAGAACACAGGGGGCAGAGUAACUUUGAUAUCCUCUUGCGCGCGGAUCAAAUACUCAAUGAAAAGACAACGACGGCCCCGUCCACCCCCACACGAUCCCAUGCACACAGGUCGCGGCUGGGCCACACGAGAGGAACGCACUCCAUGUCCUCGUUGCCUCACACACCCAAUCGCCACACCACUCACCGUCACACCGGAGUACCACGAACCCCAAAUACCUUUUCCGCUAUCAACAUACCGCAGUCUGCCCCACCCGCACAGUAUCAACGAGUCCCUCCCGUUCGUCGUGAAAGCAGUAAUUCGACCAUCACGGCAUCAAGCGUAGAUGAGGAAGAAGCUUUCACCGAUAGAGAGGAUGAUGAGAUCCCCGAAUCACAAGCCAGCCAAGCUGCUACCAGUAUGUUGCGGCGGUCGGGUUCUCAAAAACGAGCCUCAGCCCCGAGCUCGCAAGCCCAGCUUGUCCAGAGCAAACUCUUUGGCCACGUUAAGAAAGGUAGCACAAUGAGUCGGCCUGGUGAAUCUGAGAAGCGGAGGUUGCCUUCUACAGCCAUGCACCAUGCAAGCCCAACCAAAAGGGGGAGAAUGGAGUCGGAAGUAGGUCUCGGUAUUGGGGGCUUGCUCCGACAAUAGGGAUCUCUGGAUCCGAGCGAUGUGUUCAUGAAUUGACGAUAUUGGAUUGGAAGGUACCAGGAGUUUGUACUUUAGGUUCGUUUGCUUGUAUUUGACUCGAGGUGGACACCGCACGGUUAUAGUGGGAUGGGUCUCUGCCGUUUGAUGUGCAUGUCAUGUCGUCUUGGUUAGGAUAAUGCUUGAUAUCGCGGUAGCUGUAUGUUGAACGAUCAUGCUGGAAGGGUAGAUAGCAAAUGCUUAUUUUUAUGUUACAUAGGUAAUUAAUGGUAC